UUUGGCGCCAUGGCUUUCGCAGAGCGGCGAGACCUCGGGAAUAAGUUUUUAUUAUCUGUCGUUUAGUCUCGAUUAGGUACCCCGAACAGGGCGCGUAGGGCUCACAGAGAGAGCAAAGAUGCUGCCGCUUAUUCGAAGCACCGCGUUUCUGGUGCCCACCAUGGUGUCACGCGCGAGCGGGACCUUGGUGGUGCGGCUACAGCAUAACUAUGCUCUGGCCCACGAAAAAGCCUUCAUCAAUGGUAGCUGGAGGCAGUCCAAAAGCGGUGCCACAUUCCCGGUGUUUAACCCUGCGAAUGGGGAAGUGAUUUGCAACGUCUCUGACUGCUCCUCGGAGGACGUCGAGGAUGCAGUCCAGGCUGCCAUCGUCGCCUUCAAGACAUUCAAGGAGACAACGGCAAAGGAGCGGUCGGCAAUGCUGCUCAAGUUUUAUCAGCUACAAAACAAGCAUGCCGAGGACCUCGCCAAGCUCAUGACUGCUGAAAACGGCAAGCCAAUGGUAGAAUCCCGAUCUGAAGUUGUGUACGGGGCCUCAUUCCUCGAGUGGUUUGCUGCAGAGGCUCGGCGGAUGUACGGCGAUUAUGUUCCCGCUCCCGUCAAAGGAAGGGAGAUGGUUUUCAUGAAGCAGCCUGUGGGCGUCACGGGCAUCAUCACUCCAUGGAACUUCCCCAACGCCAUGAUCACCCGCAAGAUUGGCGCCGCUCUGGCGGCAGGGUGCACGUGCAUCAUCAAGCCUGCACCGGAGACCCCACUCUCGGCGUUGGCCCUGGCGCAGCUGGCACACGAAGCCGGCUUCCCGCCAGGCACGGUGAACGUGCUGCCCAGCUCGGCGAAGACCACCCCAGCAGUCGGCCGGGCCCUGUGCGAGCACCACCAGAUCCACGCUCUCUCCUUCACCGGGUCAUCUGCCGUCGGCAAGCUUCUACUUGCUCAGUGUGCCGACAGCGUGAAAAAAGUGUCACUGGAACUCGGCGGGAAUGCACCCUUCAUUGUUUUCGACACAGCCAACCUGGAGAAGGCCGUCAACGGAGCCCUGGCUUGCAAGUUCAGAAACACUGGACAGACGUGCGUGAGUGCCAACAGGAUCUUGGUCCAAGAGGGCGUCCACGACAAAUUUGUUGCUGCCCUUACGGAGGCCAUCCAACAAAAGAUAAAGAUUGGCGAUGGAUUCAAUCCAGACACUACCCUUGGCCCACUCAUCAACUCCAAGGCAGUUGAAAAAGUCGAGCAUCAUGUGGCAGAUGCCAUCAAAAAAGGGGGCAAAGUGGUCGUCGGAGGCAAGCGACACGCACUUGGAGGGAACUUCUUCGAACCCACACUUGUCACCAACGUUAACAGGAACAUGCUUGUCUGCGAAGAGGAGACAUUUGGUCCUGUGGCGUCAGUGUUGAAGUUCAAGACGGAGGAGGAGGCCGUGGAGCUUGCAAACUCUACCAGAGUAGGACUGGCAGGCUACUUCUACACAGAGAACAUCGCACAGGGCUGGCGCGUUGCCAAAGCACUCGAAGUGGGCAUGGUUGGCGUGAACGAAGGCAUAAUAUCAUGCGCUGAGGCAGCGUUUGGAGGGGUCAAGGAAUCUGGACUCGGCCGUGAAGGGUCGCGCUAUGGACUCGACGAGUUCACACAGAUAAAAUACAUAUGUUUUGGCGGAUUAGAGUGAAUGUGUCAAAAGCUGCUCUAGUAUCACCUUUGUAGCAUGGGGACCAUGUAUGAACUUCCGUUACUUUGAGAGUAUAGGGUGUUGAGAAGCAUGCUCUCCCUGUAUUUGUCCGAAUGGCUAGUAUUGUUGCUCUUUGGGUCAGGGGUUGUGCUACAUGUUUGUAAUUGAUUCGGUCAUGUAUGAAUCCCAUGAAUGGACUGAGACACUAAAGAGAAAUAAUAUGGGGAUCCCGGCUGAAGUCAGUGAGGCUCAAGUGCUGGCAUGCCAGCACGGUUACAUUUUGCGGUGUGGUCUACUGUUAAACGUUCCAUCGUAGAUUACUGCUGAUAUAUACUAUGAAAAUGAAUCGACAAAUUUGUUAUGUAGAAAUGUAUAUGUCUAAUUAUUUAUAUCUGCCUUUUCUUAUAUAUAUUUGUGAAUGCGAAGAAAUAUUUCAUUUACAUUUGCUUUGUUGAGUAAAGUGCUUCUUGCUACUUUUAUUUUUGAUAUACUGUUGUAAGCUAUUUAGUAGAGCUGUGCAAUAGCAAAAUUUUGUGUGCAAGGCGAAUUCGAAUAUUGAAGUUUGAGUGCAAGUUCAAUUAAAUAUUUUUCAAAACUUUUUCAAAUACUUUGAAGUGAAAUUGCAGAAAAAAAGUUGAAGAUGAUUCCAAAGUGUUGUAUUAUAAGAUAGGUUGGUGAAGUGCUGUAGGGGUGGUGUUUCAGAGUUGCCUUAUCAAGAAUGAGGCAAUGCAGAAACUGAACUGUAUUCAGGUAGAUGAUUUGUUGCAACCAAAGUGUUGUCGACAACACAUCACAUGCGAAAGGCAAACAUGUUAUUUUCUCAGCCUCUACUUAUUUUUCAACUUCUCUAGAAGCCUAACUGAAGUGGCGAACAAGGGCAUACUCAAUACGAGUUUAGAGUUCCAAAUCUGCCUCAUACAAGUCAAUAUAUAAAAACAUGCGGAAUGUUUGAUGCUAGAAACUCUGCGGCGUCCGAUUAAUAGGAUCCUGCCUGAUUUCCAGGUUCAAAACAGCAUAAUUGAGCCCCCACCUCUGCUGCAACUACCAUCUCCUCAUUGAAACCACCAUUUUCUUGAGUUACACAUUUGCAACCGUAGCAGAGCUUGAAAGGCAGCUUUGCCGCAAUACGAGAUUGUAGUUGGGUGAAGCAUAAUAAAAAUUUGAAGGGGCCACUGUUAAUCGAACGUUGACUGUACUUGUAUUUGGGAAAUUCGAAUAGUAAAAUUUCAGUGCAAAUUCAAUAGCACACACUUAGAAACUUCGGAUAUUCGCCAACUCCAGCUACUUAGGUUCAUGCAAGUAGCUUUUCUCUGUGUGCAUUUUGGGCUUAAGCACAUAGCUCUGUAUCACUACUGUGUUGAAUUUUAGAACAGCCCCCUACAUAGUAGGUGUAUGAUUAGCAAGAAGGAAGUCAUCCCAUGACUGUAUGCAUUAAUCAUAGCACAAUUACUGUGAUUGUACCCAAGAAAUACUGUCUUAUUUCAUGGACAGGAUUUGUUUCUUGAAUUGUCUUCCAGUGCAAUAAACCUUGGUAUCUAUAAAGAAA